AUGAAGAAGAAUGACAGGAAGCCAGCCACCAGGACCAACCGGCAGGAGGCCCUCUGUGUCCCACGCUCCCAGGGUCCAGGAGAUCUUCAAAGUAUGCUGGACGGAGGAGAGUAUGACCCUUUUAUAUCUCCUCCCAUGCUAGAGAGCAAUUUUAUCCAGGUCAACAGGCGAGGUGAAUCCAUUUACCUUCAUAACCGAGCCAACUGGGUGACCGUAGGCAUCUGUUCUUCCAGUCCCACCAACAGGAUCCCCACUGUGAUGCUGCUGGCACAUUUGACACCCACUGUCCCAAAAGAUAAACAACCUCUGUUUAAAAGUCUCCUGACAUCUCCACCUACAGAGAAACUGGUGCUCACUAGGUUUCUCCCUCUGCAGUUCGUGACCCUCUCUGUGCAUGAUGCUGAGAACAUGCGCCUCAAAGUGAAGCUCGUGAGUGGCCGAGCCUACUACUUACAGCUCUGCGCCCCUGCCUGUAAACAGGACACCCUGUUCUCUAAAUGGGUGGACCUCAUCUCUCUCUUGAAUCAGGAGAAAGCCAAACUUUCUAAAGUCUCAGAGGUCUCGAGCACCUCCGAAAAUACAAACAGCACAGACGUCACAGGCUCCAUGGACAUCAUGGACAUCCCCGCAGCAUUCACAGCUGUGCCGAGCCUGUACACACGCGCACACUCAGACCCCCUGGUCGUGGACAGCAUAGAGUUUUCAGAAUUCACAGACAUUACUGACAUCACAGAUGUCACGGACAUUCCAGAAAAUGAGAUCACAGAGGUCCCAGAUGUAAGAAUUUUCACAGAAGUCACAGAUGUCACAGAGGUCACAGACUUCUCUGAUGCGACACAUUUCUCAGGGGUUACAGUGGUGUUUGAAAAUGAUGACAUAAUAAGGGCCAAGCAAGAGGAAAAGGAAAAAAGAAAAAAUAUUCUGAAGCCUGGAUGUCUACGAAAUUCAAAAAGUAAGAGUGAACUUAAAGAACCCUCAAAACAUGUCACCAUCUCAAACAUAACACUGACUUUAGAAGGUAGAAGAUAUUUUCACGCUACCUUGACUCCAGGAGAGAGUGAAACAACUAUAUGCGAAGAGAGGAGUGAGAAAAGCUCUGAAGUAAAGAUGACUGAUUUUCAAAACCCAGCUCUAAACGUUAUAGGAUCCAGGUAG